ACCAGAUGCUAAAUGAUAUACCUGCUGUUGGCAUAGAUGAUAAAGUGUCCAAACACAGAGAAAAACUCCUGCUUGAGCGACUGAUCUCCACACUGUUAUAAAGAUGGCGUUUAUUAAAGAGGAGAGUGAAGAUGUGAAGAUUGAAGAAACAUUCACAGUCAAACAGGAAGAUCUGCAGGAACAAACAGACCUAAGAGAGAAUGAGGGGAGGAAAGAGGAGGAACAUCAUGUCAAAAUUGAGGAAAAAAACAAUUUACAUACUGAUGGUAUUUUGAAAAGGACAGACAAGACUCGUUUCACUUGCACUCACUGUAGAAGGAGUUUUGGAAGAAAAGGCUAUCUUAAGAUUCACAUGAUGAUCCACACUGGAGAGAAACCAUUCACAUGCACUCAGUGUGGGAAGAGUUUCAGCUGCUCAUCACACCUUAAUCUACACAUGAUGAUCCACACUGGAGAGAAACCAUUCACGUGCACUCAGUGUGGAAAAAGUUUCAGGAAAUCAUCACACCUUAAUAAACACAUGAUGAGCCACACUGGAGAGAAACCAUUCACUUGCACUCAGUGUGGGAAGAGUUUCAGUCAAUCAUCAUCCCGUAAUAAACACAUGAGGAUCCACACUGGAGAGAAACCAUUCACAUGCACUCAGUGUGGAAAGAGUUUUAGCCAAUUAUCAUUCCUUAAUCACCACAUGAUGAUCCACACUGGAGAGAAACCAUUCACAUGCCCUCAGUGUGGGAAGAGUUUCAGCAAAUCGUCAAACUUUAAUCAACACAUGAGAAUCCACACUGGAGAGAAACCAUUCACAUGCACUCAGUGUGGGAAGAGUUUUAGCCAAUCAUCACACCUUAAUAAACACAUGAGGAUCCACACUGGAGAGAAACCAUUCACAUGCACUCAGUGUGGAAAGUGUUUUACCUGCAUAUCAAACCUUAAUCAACACAUGAGGAUCCACACCGGAGAGAAACCAUUCAUAUGCACUCAGUGUGGGAAAAGUUUCAGCCAGUUAACAUCCCUUAAUUACCACAUGAAGUUCCACGCUGGAGAGAUAGAGUUCACUUAUACUUAAGCCACAGUCACACUGGACUUUUUAUAACUUGACCUCUCUGGACAGAAAUGUAAAAUAUGGACCAGUCGCUCACUUGACCCCCUGGGGUCGAAGACCGCGUAUACGCGUUCUGACAAGUUUUUACCUCAUUGAGCUGAAAUGAACCUAAAUUACACUUUCAGUUUUGAUCGUACAGAUAAGAUCAAUACAUCAAUCGAAUCUGUUAGGUGUCUACUUUUAAAUGUGUACACUCACAACAAAAACAAAGUAGUGUGCUUUUGUAAAACAAGGAUAAUAAACAGUGUAGGCAUUCUGUCUUUUCUCUCUCCGUGAACUGUUUUUAGAAACGCGUCAGUAAAAUGCGCUAAAACUCAGCUUAAACGCAGCUAUGCAUGUUGAAAACAAAUAUUGUUUGAUAAAAUAAUCAGUAUGAAAGCAACGCUAUGUCUAGCUUCUCAGUCUGAGCUCAUUAGAGUUAAUGCGACCACGCCCACGAAGCUUUGACAUUACAAACAGCCUGCAUGAGGAG